AUGAUUUUUCAAUCUUUUCUGCUAGGUAAUCUAGCACCCUUAUGCAUCAAGAUAAGCAAUUCGGUCGUUGUGGUCGGACUCUAUUAUGGAUUUCUGACCACAUUCUCCAUAGGGCCCUCUUAUCUCUUCCUUCUCGGAACUCAGAUUAUAGAAAAAGAACCCGAGAACAAGGUAUCCGCAGCAACAGGUUUUAUUAUGGGACAGCUCGUGAUGUUCAUCUCGAUCUAUUAUGCGCCUCUGCAUCUAGCAUUGGGUAGACCUCAUACAAUAACUUUCCUAGGUCUACUAUAUCUUUUGUUUCAGUUCUUCUGGAACAAUUUCCACCAAGACGAAACUUGGUAUUGGACUUAUGAGAUAGUUACCGAAACUACGAUGUUCAGCAUUCAAUGUGUAUUCCUGAAUCAUCUCAUUUUUCAAUUAUUCAACCAUUGCCUUUUCGCGGGUUCAAUGUUAGCCAGAUUAGUCAACAUUGAUAUGUUUCGGUGCAACAACAAGAUGUUAUUUGUAAUAAGUAGUUUUGUUGGUUGGUUAAUUGGUCACAUUUUAUUCACGAAAUGGCUUGGAUUGGUAUUAGUCUGGAUGCAGAAAAAUCCUUCUAUUCGAAGGAUUAUUCGAGAGAAUAGGUAUAAGUACCUUGUAUUUGAAUACGUAGAUUUAGCAGACUACCUAGAAUUUAGGUCUCAGUACGUUAGUCUUAUCUUAGUUAUAACCUGUUGCUACUAUUUAAACAAAAUGCCGUCACCUAUUGCUUUUAAAUUCACAGAAGCCAAAGAGAAGACCGCAACGUACGGAGAAAAGGCUAGGAGAGAAAUAGAAUGGUGGAAAGAGGGGGAAGAAAGAGAUGUAGAAAUAGAAAGAGCAGACAAUUCAAGAUUCAAAAAGAAUCAAAAACCGAAAAAUAGGAUUUCUUUUGAAGAAAUUCUUAUCAGUUUUUUUUUCGACCCAAAUCGGCCGGGUCGACCGAUUCGAUACGUAAAAGAGGCUGUCAGAACCGAAAUCUCACAAUAUUUUUUUGACAUAUGUAAAAGUGAUGAAAACGAAAGAAUCUCUUUUACAUCUACACCCAGUUUAUCCAUUUUUUUGGAAAUGAUAAAAAAAAGGAUAUCGGGCAAAAAAGCUUCACCCUACAACCCUUGGCGGUAUCAUCUAAAAAGGAAAGGUUUCACCGACGAUUUGCUAUAUCGAAUUAAAGGCCUAGACGAAAAAUCUAGACCUUUGAAUAUGCUCGAAACAAGGACUCGGUUAUGUAAAAACCCUUAUACAAAAGAAUACCUUGCAAAAAAAUAUGAUCCUUUCCUGAAACUUGCAAUACCGGGCGAGACCGAUGACGAGAAGAAGCGCGAAACUUCUGAUAUUCGUACAAGAAAAGCUGUGUGUGACGUAGAAUUUGAUACGCGCGACAGUGCUAAGGCUUCUGGUUCUACCAAUAAUCAAGAGCCAGAGGAACUAUAUUUUCUACGCUAUAUAAGGCGACACGACUGGGAGCAAGAUAUAAUCAAAGGUUCUCUGCGAACUCUCAGACGUAAAGUGGCAACUUUAACACUAUAUUACAAAGACCCAAAUACCCCUCUUUUUUUUCCCUACAACUCAAGAAGUUUGUUUUCUGUGGUUACUGGAGGUAUCUUCACUAUACUUUAUGAAGAACUCUCCGACUUAAAAUGGAGUGAAAUUUUGUCGAAGGCAAAGGCGAAAAGGGAAAAGAUAAUUGAAAAAAUUUGGGGUAAACGUAAGGAGAAGAGCGAACACGAAGAGAUUGAGGAGAUAGAGGCAGAAGUAGGAGAAACGGAAACGACCACGGAGGACAGGCGAAUGGAUAUAGUAGACUCCUGGGAUUUCAUUCCACAUGGAAUGCUAAUAAGAAGCGGCUUGUUAUGUUUUCAAUGUCUUUUUAGAAUGUAUGGAGUACCUUUACUCAUAAUUGCGAAAAAUUUUGUACUUUUUUCGGUCUUCCAUUCGAAGAUGAGAGACUUUUCCUAUCUUCUUUGUAUGACGUUUAUGGAAAGGAAACCGACUUUCCUUUUGGUUGGCCCCGAAGAAACUAUUCCUUUUUUCGACCCAUUUUUCCCAUAUUAG